AUGGAGCCUGUUCUCUAUCCUCAGAUCGGCCAACAGCCAGGCGACGUCGGAUAUGCGCUGGCAUUUUUCCACUCAUGCUUUGCCUACACCACACUUACCUUUGAUGUCAAUGUCAACCCCUGGCGGGCCUGCCUGCCUUCGAUUCACGAAGACUUGCCAUGUGUCCGUUACGCCGCAGUCGCUCUUGCUCAGCGCCAGCAAGCACAUUUCAGCGGUAAGCCUGAGGGAGUCUCAAUUCUGAAGUUGAAAGCGAAGGCCCUGUCGCUCUUCGCGUCGAACUUGAAUCAUCUCUCCUUUGAAUGCGGCCUGAGCACUGCCCUCCUUCUUAUAGCUCUCGACUACGCUGAGACCGGUGUCUCGAAUUGGACUGUUCACCUUCGAGGCGCGUGCCGCAUCCUCGAAAGCCACGGCGGCAUUCGCUUGGCUGAGUCCCGGCCCAACCUCAGGGUCCAGAUCGCCAUGCUCAUCUGGUACGACGUGAACGCGGCACUCAUCUCACGUCGUGGACCCGUUUUCCCCAGGACUUACCUUGAUGCGCUCAUGGCAUGGCAAGCCGACGACGAAUGGAGUAUCCUUGCUCUUAAUGGUCUCCCAGACGGCAUGUUCCUCGACAUGUACGACGUCGCCGUUGCGGCGUCACAGCUCGACACCAUCGACUCAUGCACUGUGGAGUCUCUUCGAGCAAAGUUCCUAAAGGCGCAGAUCAAGGAAGGUGCAGGAAAAUGCCAAGUCCUGAUGUCCCAGGUUUGGAGACUGGGUCUUCUGUUGUAUUGCACUCGAGUCUUCUCGCGGGCAUCCACGCCUUCGUCUGUCGUACUUCAGGUGAUCAAAGAUGAAGAAGACUUUGAUACAGGCUUGGACUUGGAUAUCCCUGCAGACACGCAGCUGGAAGCCCAUGCGCUCGCAACCCAGAUUCUCGACCUGGUGUCUACGAUUCCGCCGGACAGCAAUUUCCAAAAGCAGUGUCUGAUGCCCAUCAUCCUCGCCGGCUGUGAAAUGUCGGCAACAGAUUCGGCACACCGAAAGAUUGCUGUCGAAUACUCAGAGCGCUGGAAGCAGAAGACCGGGAUCUGGAUAUUUGACUCGGGCCUAGAAUUCUUGCGGACUGUCUGGGCGAGGAACGAUGUCGAGAUUGCCAGUGGUGUCGAAGAUGGAUGCAGGGCCUUGCAGGUGCCGUGGACGGAGGUUUUCUUACCAAGUGCAGGUCAUGGAUUUCUCUUCGGAUGA